AUGAUGAUAUGGUACGUGACCGGAUUGUAUUUGGUAUCAGAGAUGCAGAAAACCAAAAACAAGUUGCUGAGCAUGGACAACCUAACACUUGAAAAAGCAGAAACGUUAUGUAGAACCAGAGAAGUAACGGACAAGGAAAUACAAGAAAUGACAACGGAUUUGGCAAAUAUUCAUUAUGUGAGCAGAGAACAGAAGACAUGGUCAAAAAAUAAAGGUGAGAUAGUUAAUAAUGAUGAAAGUGCGUUUGAUGAGUUUUCUGUGAAUGAAAUAACUGAACAGGUAUGCAAUAUAGAGGCUAAUCAAAAAAGUUGGAUUGAAGAGGUUAAGAUUGGAAAAAUGUGGUUAAAAUUUAAGCUUGAUACAGGAAGUGAUAUAAAUAUAAUACCAUAUGAUGAUUUCAUUAAGUUAGAACCACAACCAAAAUUAACUAACUCUAAGUAUAACAUUGAGGCUUACGAGGUUGACACUAAAAAUAAUUGGAUUAUGAAGAAUAUGGAUGUGUUCACAGGGUUGGGUCAAUUUCCUGAAUUAUAUAACUUAGAAUUAGUAGAUAAUUUUCAACCUAAAAUUGUUCCUUAUCGUAGAGUACCAAUAGCAGUCAAAGACAGAUAUGACUUAAAAUUAAAGUCAUUAAUUGAUCAAGGAGUGGUGGAUUAUGUAAAUAGACCAACGGACUGGACAAAUCAUGUAGUAGUCAUUGAAAAGCCCAAUAAAACCUUAAGAAUUUGUUUAGAUCCACAACACUUAAAUAAGAAUAUAAAGGAUAAACAAUUUCCAAUACCAAUCUUAAAUGAAAUUGUUCCCAAGCUUAAAAAUAAAAAAUAUAAUACUAAAUGCUUUGGUGAUAUUAAAGGUUUUAUAAUAUAUUUUGAUGAUUUUAUAAUCGCAGCUGAUACGAAACAUGAACAUGACAAGAUUGUAGAUGAAUUACUUAAUCGAGCUAGGAAAUAUAAUGUUAAGUUUAAUGAAGAAAAAAUUCAGUACUGCAAAGAUAAAGUAACAUUUUUAGGUCAUUUAUUUGACCAAAAAGGUAUGUCAUUAAAAAAAAACUCAUUUGAAUAUGACACUCUAAAUAUUGACAAUGACAUUUAUAAUAGUUUUUCUUAUUUAUUCCUUAAAAUAGGAUUUAUUGCUUGUUUCACUCAAUAUCAAUUAUCAAUCAUAUUAUUAUUUUUAGAUGAGUUAAAUUUGAUGAUUCAAAAUAUGAUUAUCAAUGCUUCAUUACCAUUUAAUUUGGUAGAACAGAUGGAUUUUAAAAAUUUAAUUACAACUGGAUAUCCUAAUCGUCAUGUUUUAUCAAGAAAGACGUUGAUGAAAAAUAUAGAAGCUCAACAUCAAGUCCUUUUACAAAAUAUGAAAAGCACAUUUUCCAAAGUUAAUUAUUUAACUACCACUGCCGAUUGUUGGACUGUUUUCAAAAGAUCCUAUUUGGGUAUGACUUGUCAUUGGAUUAAUCCAGUAUCACUAGAAAGAGAGUCUUGCUUGUUGGCUAUAAGGAGAUUAAAGGGCAGUCAUACUUAUGAUUUGCUAGCAAGGACUAUGGAAUCUAUUUGUACUGAAUUUAAUAUCAAUGAUAAAGUUAUCUAUACAACAACUGACAAUGGUUCUAAUUUUGUCAAAUGCUUUGAAAUGUUUGGUCAACCUUCAGGUGUUGAAACUGUUGAUGGAAGUAAGAAAACGGAAGAAGAAAUUCUUCAAACUCUAGAAGAUUCAAUUGAAGAAGAAUACGAUGAAAACAAAGAAGACACCGACGAUGAUGCUGAUAGUGAAAAAGAUGAUGUUAGUUUUUCUCGUAUAUCUAUUACCCAAGUUCUGGAUAAUAGAGAACUAAUUGGUGAAUGUACAUCCAAUUGGGAUGAUUGUAUGGUGUAUAACCUACCUAAGCAUCACAGAUGUGCUUCGCAUACUCUAAAUCUAAUAGCAACAGCGGAUAUUGAAAAGGCUUUAUCGCCUAAUGUUUCCAAACGACCAUCUAUGUUAAACUACAGAAAACAAAGUAGAUUCACAUUUUCAAAAUGCCAAGCAUUAUGGAAUAAGCAGAACCGUUCAUCACAAAUGGCUGAUAUAAUUAAAAUGAAUUUGGGCGUUUAUUUAAAAACUCCUAAUCAAACACGUUGGAACUGUUGGUUUGAUUCGUCAAAAUUUCUUCUUUUUCAUUUUAAAAACAGUCCUUCCAAGUUCACUAAAUUGUGUGAUGCUUUAAAAUUAAAUCGGUUUUCUAAAAAUGAUCUAGAAUUUUUAGAAGAGUAUGUUGUAGUUAUGGAACCAUUGUGCAUUUGCCUUGAUGUGUUGCAAGGUGAAAAAAAUAUGUAUUUUGGGUUUUUGUUGCCUUCCAUUACAAUACUCUUACAAAAAUAUGACGAUAUCUCUAAAAAAAAUUUAAUAUAUUGUGAUUCUUUAGUUAGUUUGAUAAAAGCGAACGUGGAAAAACGUUUCGAAAAUUUUUUGACUGAUCCGUUUUUAUUAUCUGCAACGGUUUCACAUCCGUUUUUUAAAACUAUCUGGCAAACUGACAAUGAUAAAAAAGAUAAGGCAUUAUCAUUUUUUAAAAAAUCUUGUUUGGAAAUGUUUGAACAGUCAAAUUUGCCUGAAUCUGAAGUAUCUGAUAGCAAUAUGAGUGAUGAUGCAAAUAAUUUCUUUAAUUGGUCUGAAAAUAAAUCAAAAGUGGAUCUUUCAUUAGAGCAAGAAAUAACCAGGUGUUUGUCAAAAAGUCCUACAAAAAAUCUAAAUAUAUUGAAUGAAAUGCCUACAGUUAAAAAAGUAUUUUUAAAAUUUAACACACCACUUCCUAGCAGUGCUGCCGUAGAACGCAUAUUUAGUAUUGGUGGUACUGUUUUAUAGAAAAAAAGAGGUAGGAUGAACGAUAAUAAUUUUGAAUA